AUGUCAAACAAUUAAAUCAUAUACUAAUAGUAAGAAGAACAAAGAUCUCUAUUUUCUCGAUUAUGUGCUUGUUUACAAAUAUUUAAUAGAAAAAAGAAAUAAGGAUCAUCAAAUUAAUAUCAUCCAGAAAUUGAUACACCCAAAUCAUCCUUUAUUGUAUUAAUAAACAAAUAAUUCUCAGUUUGGAUAAAAGAAAAUUAUAGUCUUAGAUUUAGAUGAAACAUUAGUACAUAGUCAAUUUUAACCUAUGGAUAAUUACGAUCUUUGUUUAGAUGUACAAUUCUAGUGACAUAUAAAGAUUGUUGUUUAAUCAUAAAAUUUCAAAGUUUAUGUCCUUGUACGACCUGGUGCUAAAUAAUUUAUUGAUGAACUAAGCAAUUUUUAUGAUAUUAUUUUAUGGACUGCAAGUCUUAAAGAAUAUGCUAAACCUG